UGUGUGUGCAUUGUCUAAAAAUUCUAUCGCGUUUCUGCCUUGUUGUGACAUGAAUGCGUUAUCGUUGAAUCGAUGGAAACGCAAGCAAUUUAAAAUUUCUUAUUUGAUAAACUGAAUGAAAUUAUUUUACCUUAAAAAUAAAUUUGAAACAUAGGUGUUGGUGGAUUAAACGGGUUUCAAAUUGACACAUGAGAGGAUAUUCACAUUAACCAUGUUAAAAAUCAUUUGGAUAUUCUCAAGUAUAUUACUUGGUCUUAAUGGUGAGGUACUAGAAGAACAAGCCUGUCCAGUUGACUGUGAAUGCUAUUACUCUCGUAUUAAUUGGGUAACGGAUUGUUCUGAGAGUAAUUUAACUAGCAUUCCUUAUGAUGAAUUAAGUCUGAUGGUCUAUACAUUAGACAUGAAUGGAAACAAAGUCAUUAAUUUAGGCACCUUCCCACAAGAUAUUAAGCUACGACGGCUCCAAAUAGCUCACAAUAAAAUUAAUCAAUUGAAUUAUGAGGCUUUUGCUGGAUUAUAUCAUCUCAUAGACGCUGAUUUUUCGUCUAAUAAUAUCACUAAAAUAGAUCCCGAAGCAUUCAAAGACAGUCGAGGUUUAAUCACCCUAGAGUUGCAGAAUAAUCCUCUGGAUGAAGUCCAAGGACAGUUUCUUAACUGUAGGGGUCUAUUGUACCUCAAUUUAAGUAGUUGUGGUAUUCGUCAUAUGAACGAGGAUUUUUUCUCCAAUACAACUACGUUGAUAACUUUGGAUUUAUCUUACAAUCCAUUAGAGACGUUGGAUCCCGGACCUUUCCAACAUCUAAAGAACUUGGAGCACUUAAAUCUAAACAACUGUAACAUUACCCAUAUUUCACCCAAGACAUUUUCCAAUCUGGAAAAUUUGCGUACGCUAUUCUUAGCUAAUAAUAACCUCAAGUCUAUCAGUUGGACCAGUAUUUUAGCACAGUUAAUUCGCCUGAAUCAUCUAGAUAUAGAAAAUACAGGAACAACAAAUCUACCAAGAGACACAUUUGCUAAUAAUCAUUAUCUUCGUCAUCUGGUACUGGCCAAUAAUCAACUUCAUCACCUAGAUGUAACGAAUACUCUUGGUCAUAAUCUUCACAAUCUUUAUACAUUAGAUUUAUCAAACUGUGCCCUUCAAGAUCGCUUGCCUGAAGAUGUUUUUAAUAAUGCCAGUAAUUUGAGAAUAUUAAAUUUAAGUGGAAAUCCUAUGUUUGCUAGUGAUUUAACAGCAGUAUUAAGACAUAUUCCACAACUAAGGAAAUUGUCUCUGAGUAAUUGUAGUCUUCGAAGACUUCCAGAUGCUUUUGAUGCUUUAGAAAACCUUCAGGAGCUUGAUAUUUCGCAUAACCCCUUAUCAGAUGCGUUUGUUAAGCUUUUAAAACCACUCACUCAACUGGAAUACCUUGAUAUGUCUUACUGCAGUUUAGGUCAUGUUGGCAAUAACACUCUUGCCCAAAUGACGGACCUUAAAAAGCUCAUAUUAAGUGGAAACAACCUUCAUAAUCUUGAGCAAAAUCUCUUUAGGAACUUAACUAGGUUGGAAAGUUUGGAUUUAAGCAACUGCAAUCUUACCACUCCAUUGGAUCCUAAAGUAUUUGGUUCAGAUAGAAUUUAUUCGAGUAUUAUCGAACUCAAGCUGAGUGGAAAUCCUUUAACUAUUCCGAAAGAAGGUCCUUUACUUCCUAAACAAUUAUUGAGUGUUGAAACGAUUGAUUUAAGUAAUUGUAACAUUACUACACUUAAUGAAAACAUUUUUUCUAAUAAUAAAAACCUUACACAAUUAAAUCUCUCUGGCAAUAAAUUAUCCAGAGUUGAAGAUUUAGCUUUUCUGAAAAAACUUCGAAGAUUGCAACGCUUAGAUUUAAGUAAUAACAAUCUUACAACGAUUCACAAAGGAGUCUUUGAACAGAAUAAACAUUUAACUACUCUGAACCUCGCUGGAAACCCAUUUGUCUGUAAUUGUUCUAUCGCUGAGAUGUGGAGUUGGGCUGCACGUGAAAAGAAUGAUCUUGGGCUGUUGGUUGGUAGCCAGACAUCUGACUUUACUACGAGUGCAACUAAAUUGAAAAAAUCUCUUGCUUGCUUAUACCAACCUGAUGUUCAUAGUGCAGUUUUAGAUGAGAAUAAUUUAGACGUCAAAAAACUACAAAGGAAACAUGAUCGUACACCACAUCGUACUUGGGCAAAGUACGUAAGAGAAACUAAUUGCGAUAAGAAAUUAUGAUAUGCGGAUGCCAAUCAGCAUCAAGAACUCCAACAAUAUCAAGACAGUUUUGAUAAUAUUCGAACAGAACUUUAGGAAAACUAUGUCUAAUCAUUUUCAUUAAAGAUAAGUUUUGUUAAAUUGUGCUAAGUUUUUUGAUUUACUAUCUAUAUUUUCGGAUUAAAUAAUUUCAUUAUUCUAGUCUUGAUAUUUUUGGAUGCUGAUUGGCAGUUGUUGAAAAAUAACUCAUGUUGAUAUUUUGUAAACUUUAUUUUUUACACUUUACUUCUUGAAAAUCGUACUUAAGAAUAUUAUUAAUGUACUCGUUCAUUCGAGUAUCAAUAUUGGUCUGAUUAGUAAAAGACUUUUGCUACUUAAUGUCUUCAUAUAUGUAUGAGAUUAAAUGAUGAACAAACGAAGAAUAAAAAAAAUAUCUCUAGAUGAAAGUUAUUAAUGCCAAAGUAUAUUUGUAUAUGAUGAACAAUGAAUAAUCACAAAAAUAUUAUAAAUUCAUGUAAUUUUUCAUUCUCUUUUGUUCAUACAAUGUUUUAUAUUGUAUUAUUUUAUCACUCAUAAUCUUACGUACUUAUAAAGUAUUUAUUUAUAUACACACCAGGAUGUUAUUUGAGAAAGUUCACGUUCAAUAUUCAAUGUCAUUAUCAUUGUGGAAAAGGUGAAUAAAAAUCUAUAAAAAUAAAA